AUGAAUAGCUGGUUCAAGUUGGCUUUGUGCGUCUGGGGUGCUAUCGGACAGACGAUUGAGAGUUGGAUCGGUGGCCAGUACCCGAGUUCUUUGUCCAAGACGAUGGCGUUGGUUGGUGAUGUGAGUCAGUUGAUGUCGGGUCUGGGGAGUCGGCAUGUGGUGGUGAUAUUGCCUAGUAAUGACGCGUGGAAAUCACACAAGGAUUUGUACAAUAAGUUGCAGAGCAGCCCGAAUGAUAGGUACUCGAUGCUUCUGGAUGCGGUAGUGGAAGUGCCCGGUGUAACCACUCUGGCGGGGGUCAAGUCUCUGAACGACAUUAGCUUCAGCGAUGUCUAUACUCUGGCCGGUACGCCAGUAGUCAAGGAUAAGGGCAAGUACUAUUACGGCCAGAUGUCAGCCGACGGCAGCACAAAGAAAUCCGGAAAGCCCAUUGAAAUAAACAAGACCCCUCUAGCCGCCUUCGACAACGUCGCCAUUUUCCAGGCCAAGACAUUCGCUCUACCGCCUGCACUCCGCCAAUGA